CACGGCGACUGCCGGUUUACGUGAUGACGUCGGAUGUAUAUGAGCGCAGGCGGCGGGAUCGCUCUCCCUUUUACCGCCAUCAGAGCGGAGUCGCUUUCUUCCGUGGCCUCGCUUCGUUGCGUAGCGCAGCUCUAAGCUAGUCCACCCUCAGAAGCAUCACUUGAGACUCAGCAAAAAUGGCAGACAUCGACAACAAAGACCAGGCUGAGAUGGACCCGGCAGAUAUGGAGGAUGUUGAGGAUGUGGAAGAGGAGGAAACGGGAGAAGAUGUAAACAGCAAAGCUCGCCAGCUGACUGUUCAAAUGAUGCAAAAUCCACAGAUUCUGGCCGCUCUGCAGGAGAGGCUGGAUGGUCUAAAUGGGUCACCAUCAGGGUAUAUAGAGAGUUUACCAAAGGUCGUAAAGAAACGCAUUAAUGCCCUCAAGAACCUGCAGGUCAAGUGUGCCCAUAUCGAAGCAAAGUUCUAUGAAGAAGUGCAUGAACUUGAAAGAAAAUACGCUGCACUCUACCAGCCUCUCUUUGACAAAAGAAGUGACAUCGUGAAAGCAGCGUAUGAGCCCACAGAUGAGGAAUGCGAAUGGAAAGCGGAUGAUGAGGAAGAGCUGACAGUAAGUAAGCAGGAUGAGAUGAAGGAGAAGGCCAAACUAGAGGAAGAGAAAAAGGAUGAGGAAAAGGAGGACCCCAAAGGCAUCCCAGAGUUCUGGCUAACGGUUUUCAAAAAUGUCGAUCUGCUAAGUGACAUGCUGCAGGAACACGAUGAACCCAUCCUCAAACAUUUACAAGAUAUAAAAGUCAAGUUCUCAGAUCCAGGACAGCCCAUGAGCUUCACAUUAGAGUUCCACUUUGAGACCAAUGACUUCUUCACAAACACAGUGCUGACAAAAACCUACAAGAUGAGGUCGGAACCUGAUGAGAAUGACCCCUUUUCUUUCGACGGUCCGGAGAUAAUGUGCUGCACAGGCUGCACAAUUGACUGGACAAAAGGCAAGAAUGUAACGUUGAAAACAAUCAAGAAGAAGCAGAAGCACAAGGGUCGUGGCACGGUCAGGACCGUCACAAAGACUGUCCCCAAUGACUCCUUCUUCAAUUUCUUCAGCCCACCGGAGGUCCCAGAAAACGGAGAGUUGGAUGAGGAUUCUGAGGCGGUUCUUGCAGCAGACUUCGAAAUUGGUCACUUCAUUCGUGAGCGCAUUGUACCUCGGGCUGUACUCUACUUCACAGGCGAAGCCAUAGAGGAUGACGAUGACGAUUAUGAUGAAGAAGGAGAAGAGGCAGAUGAUGAGGAAGGUGAAGAGGAGGCUGAUGAAGAGAAUGACCCUGACUAUGAUCCUAAGGUUUAAAUGGUGACAGUAGAAAAAUAACCCUAUCCCGAAGGAUGCAGCCCCCCCAGCUGAAUGCAAGCAGCAGUGAGACCUGACCUGGCUGCCUUGAGGAUCAACUGCACUAUAAUGGCUCCUCAAAAUUAAAAACAUAAAACUUUGGGGAAAAAAAAGUUACAUACCGCCUUAUAAUGUUUUGUAUUUUUCUUGGUAGCGAAUUUGAAAAGGUUUCAAGAUUUUUGUUACAAAAUCUCAUGGUAAUAUACUGAGAGCUAUGUGGCUCUGUAUACAUAGUAUUUUACUAGACCUGUUUUUUCUCCUCUCCCCCUCUGUACACGAGUGCAGGGGCAAAAGUUCUCCCUUAAAGCAUGACCUUGUUCCUUCACUGCUAAAUUAGUUUGGGUUCUUGUGAAGUCUUUUGUUGUAUUUGCUCUUAGACAACAGCUGUGGUUUAGCCUGCAUCACGGUAAUGUCACUUUAUAAUGCCCCUCCUCUUCUUCCUACCAAAGUUCCCCCGGUUGGUCGUUUCUGAUGUAGCGGGGACCUUUAGCACUUGUACAAGCACUGUAGCGUUUCAAUAUCUCAGUCCCAGGCGUGUGCGUCGACCUGCAUCCCAGAGUGUCUCCAACAGUUUGUCUGAUAUUGCGGAGUACGGCAUCUGGAUUUGGACUCUGUCCACUUCCUGCGCCUAAUUGUUUUCCACUCUUGAUACAUUCCAGUAAGCAGACUGGCUGGCAUUUAUCAGCGAGCCUCAUUCAAAAGUAGCUAUCUUCUCUUUAACACAGUGGACUUGUCUAAAGUAAAGAAUUUUAACAUUUUUUUUUCUCCAGGGGGUGGUACAGCCUGGUUGGUCUUUUAAACAUUCCACAGAACACUAGAGGAAUAGAAGAAUCAGACUAUUUGGUGUUGGCGCGCCUGUAAUCAGUGCUUUGAGCUCCUCAGACUCGCAGUGGUGUAUGUGGGUCAACACUUGACCUUAGUGUGUGUCUGUGUGGUGGUCCAGCCAUGUCCUGUUGUAGAUUAUCUGUCCUAACUCAUCUGUCUGGUUUUAAAGUGCAUCACUCAUUUCAAUCAUUUAUUGGAGCUAACCCACCCUGCAUUAGACAUUUUGGAGCGGGGUUGGGUAGAUGUGGCACAGACAGUACAGACCAGAAAUUUUGAAAUGCCCCCCUCCACCCUUGGGUUAUUAGUUUGACUGGUCAGGUGACUUAUAUUCCUCAGUCCAGCCACUGAAGUCAAUAUUCAUUCCUAUCACUGUGAAAGAAAGAUGGGAAGUGCGAUUAAGGCCUUUGUGUGGCUAAUAUGCCAUCCUUCCUGUAGUACCCAGAAGGCCACAGGGGAAGCGUGUCAGAGCAAUACUGGAUCCAGCCAGGAGGUGGACUGAAAAUAAACCAUAGCCUGCCUGCCUAUCCAUUCUUAAUUGCCUUUUUUAAUUUUUUUUUUUUUGGAAAAUUUGUUAAAGCAGCCAAGUGUUGAGUAGCACUGGUGUCCACCGUGGUGAGCCAGGGUACCUCUCGUUCUGCAAGUAGUAUUCGGAACGUGUUUGCUAGGAAAAGGAUGCGACAGGGUUCUUUAGGGUCCUUCUGAGCAGCUGUUGUCAAGGUAAAAUGCUAUGCUACAAAUUACUAAUGUACUCAAUAACUGUUUGUGUAUGUUCAUGAAUAAAUUGGUUAAACAUG